AUGAAACUCACACACCACCUCGCCGCGCUCCUCGUGUGCAUCACGCCCACCCUCGCCAGCACCCCACGAUCCAUCGAGCGUCCCGAAACGUCCCCUUACGGUUACUCCCCCGCCGCCCUUCCGGAGCACUUUGAAAUGCCCCAUAUAGAUUCUCGUGGUGAAGGGGCGAGCGAUGUGUCGCUUGCUUGCGACCUCUUCUUAUCGCGCGGCGCAGAUGUCUUUGUUGGGAUGAGCAAGGAGGAGUGCAUGGCUGCGAUGGGCGGAUUUGUAAAGGAGGCGAGGAAGGGGAAGUCGCAGGGGGAGUGGAUGGUGGAUUUGGAGAAUCUGGUGAUGAGUUUGGAGGGGAGGGAGAAGAGGUCGAAGUCCUGA